AUGGCCGACGCAGUUUCCAUCGAGCAGAAUAACAAAAUCCGAGCCGCGCUCGGAUUAAAACCCUUGCCUGUUCCUGGCGCCGAAUAUGAAGACGACUCCGACUCUUCCGCCUCCGAAGAUGAAGAUCCCGGCAGUACCCUCGAGUCGCGCGAAGCGAUGGCCGGAUCCAACUGGAAGAAGAUGCAAGACGAUGCCGAGGCGAAACGGAAACGGGAAGAGAGAAACGCUGCGAUCAAGCGGGCACGAGAGCUGGCGCAGAGAGAUGCCAAGUUACAAGGCACCACGCUGGGUGAAUCGGGUGAUGCGGACCAGGACACCAAGGCGUGGCUGAUGCAGGCGAAGAAGCGACAGAAGAAGAUUGAGAAGGAGCGGGCGCGCAAGCUGGCGGAGGAGUUGGAGGAAAGAGAACGUGCGGCGGAAUACACGGCGGUCGAUCUGGCUGGUAUUAAGGUAGGGCAUGAGGUGGGCGAUUUUGAGGGAGGCGAGGAUCAUAUUCUUACGCUGAAGGAUGCGACGAUCGAUGAAAAUGAGGAGGAGGGGGAUGAGUUGGAAAACGUCGAUUUGAGGGAGAGGGAGAAGGCUACGGAGCGGACGGAGUUGAAGAAGCGGAAGCCGGCGUAUGAUCCUACGGAAGAGAACUCGAGUAUCUUGGCACAAUAUGAUGAGGAGAUUGAUGGUAAGAAGCGGAAGCGCUUUACUCUGGAUGCUCAAGGAUCUACGGUGGAGGAGCGAGAGGCGAAGCGACAGGAGGUGUCGGGUAAGUUGAACAAGAAUAUCGUCAGUUUGGACUUGGAGACGGAGACGACGACACCGGCGUCCGACUACAUGGACAUCAGUGAGAUUAAGAUCAAGAAGCCGAAGAAGAAGAAGGCCAAGGCUACGAAGCAGAGAGCUAUUCUUGAUGACGACGAAUUAUUCCCUACGACCGAGUCGACGACUACCCCGAAUGACAACGCCAUGGACGUUGAUACCAAUAACGGCGCACCCGUACCCGCCCCCGCCCCCCGAAAGUGGGCAAGUGAAGAUGUUUCGUUUGUCGAUGAUGAUGAUCUACAGGCCUCGCUUACCCGCCAGAGACGUGCUGCGUUUAAGAAGCGACAAAAAGUGCGACCGGAGGAUCUUGCUCGUCAGCUCAGAGAAGAGGGUUCUCAGACACCGAUGGAAAGCGGUACGCCUGACGGAAACGAAGAAGAGCCCGGCCUCGUCAUCGACGAAACCUCGGAGUUUGUCUCCAAUCUACAGAAACCCACCCUCCCAGAGCGCCGCGAGAGACAAACCACGACCCCCGCCGAUGAAUCACGUGCCAAGAGUGAAGGCCCCAGCAUCAAGGCAGAGGACGAGGAUGUGGAGAUGGGGACCUACAAUGACAUUGAGGACGAGGAAGAUCUCAAGGCACGGAUCAAGCGCGAGGAGUCGCAGGCCCAGCAGCAGAUCAGCACUACGGGCUUGGACGAAGAAGCGACUCUGGAUCAAGGUCUCGGUGCUACAUUGAACAUGCUUAAACAGCGUGGUCUAGUUAAGGGCUCCGACGCCGCGGACAACAACUCUCUACUGCGCGACCGCCAUCGCUUCCUGCAGGAGAAGAUGCGCAUGGAGACCGAGGCGGAGAAACGCGCUCGGCAGCAGCGUGAACGCGACCGUGCCUCGGGCAAGCUGGACCGCAUGUCAGCGCGCGAGAGAGAAGAAUACGCUCGGUGGGAGAACAAGCAGCGCGAUCAGCAAGAGGCGCGACACAUGGCAGAGGUGUUCAACCGCGAAUACAAGCCGGACGUGCAGCUCAAGUACGUGGAUGAGCAUGGUCGCGCGAUGAACCAGAAGGAAGCGUUCAAGCAUCUCAGUCAUCAAUUCCACGGCAAGGGCAGUGGCAAGAUGAAGACGGAGAAGCGGUUGAAGAAGAUCGAAGAGGAGAAGAAGCGCGAGGCGAUGAGUGCACUGGACAGCAGUCAACAUACCGGUAUGAACAACGCCAUGGGAGCGACAGCGCGCAAGAACCGCCAGGCCGGUAUCGAUCCGUUUUCGGUGGUCGAUAAAGCAAGCAAGCAGCACGCGGUUUUGUCCGAUGUUGGAUGGGUAGAGAGGCUUGGCGUGUGGGGGAAUUUAACCGAGGCCGAGUGA